AUGUCCAAGAAGCGCAAUUUCCAGCUUGGCCCUGGCGACGACGUGCUCGACGCCGAUCCUCCUGCCAACAGAGUGCCAUCUCCACCUGAGGAUGUCUCUGUCAUGCGCGCCACCAAAAAAUCGAAGACUGCAGCUGCACCAUCCUUGUCCCCCAAGAAACUCAGCCUUGAGAGACUAAAAUUCACCGGAAAAAUGGUCACAGUCCAAGUUGGCAUGGACGGGGAGCUGCCUUUCUUAGUGCACGAGCCGAUCAUUAAACCAGACUCCGACUUCUUCAGAUUGGUCCUGGACACAAAAUGGAGAGAAGGUCAGGAGCUUCUAGUAAAGCUCCCGGAAGAUUGCGUCCACAUCUUCGCAACCUACGUUGAGUGGCUCUACAACAAAGAAGUCACCGCUGCCCAUUACCACAUGCUAGCAAGAAUGUAUGUCCUGGGAGAGAAGAUUCAAAGUUCAGGAUUCUGCAACGCCGUCAUGGAAAACAUGAUCAAACGAUCCAGAGCACGGUGUCCGGUGCCCAUCGAUAUGAUCAGAGUAAUCUACGACGGUACCAUGACCGCUGCUCCGGUGCGGACGUUUGUGGUGGAUACAUGGAUGUCAUUAGGCAGUACGGUGCGGUUGACGGAGGAGCCCGAUGGAACGCAGCCCCAUCCGGAGUUUGUGAUGGAUCUCGCCAUGGCUCUUCUUCGUGAGCAUAACGAUGGAAAGCGCAAGACGUGCGAGGAGAAGGUGACGUGGUUUAAGUGA